GCUCAUGCUCUCUUCGCACUCGGGAGGCACGAGACUUUUGCUUCAUUUGCAAUGACUCGGCCCCACCUGCCGAAGACAGUAGCUUCGAUUGGCCUCGCGCCAGCGUGUGGCUGUGUUGUCGUCUGCUAUCUUCCUCCUCGACGCUGCUGGAUCGCACAGCCAUGGCCGCCCCGGCGCCCACGGCUCUCUGCGCCCGGCACUUCCGCCUGCCGCGCGUGCCCUUCUCCUUUCCCUCUCCGCCCCGACUGCCGGCCACCUCCUCGCGGCUCCGGCCCCGCCGCCUGGCCGUCUCCCCACGCGCUGAGGCGGGGACGGGGACCGGCAUGGGGGACGUGGAGGCGCUCAGGGCCGGGGUGUCCGUGUACAAGCCGCGCUCCUACGACGUGCUCGUCUCCGACGCCGCGCGCUCCCUCGCCUGCGCCAUCGACGACGGCAAGACCCGCCUCGAGAUCGAGUUCCCAGCUCGCCGCUCUUCGUUUUGCUGCGUCGCUGUCCCCGUGCCCGCAUUAUCUUCUCAUCAUCGCUCGUUUCCUUGCUGGUUCACGCCUUGUUCGUGGGUGGCUCUGCUUCUGAAUUUUGACGAUGUCAAGGCCUCUGCCAAGCAGCAUCUCUUCUUACAAGGGAUCCUCAGAUGAGUUCAUCGAUGCCAACAUCCAGCUUGCUCCUGUUGUUGCAAGGAAGCUUAAAGAGCUCAAGAGGACUAGGUCCUGUAUAGUAAGUUCAAGCUUCAUACGCCAUCACUGAUGCAGAUACGCUCUAGAAGUGCAAAACCAUGCUCGUUUGCUCUCUUCUAGUCGAUUUCAGGUGUUUCCUGAUCAACCUGAAAAGCGCAGGGCGUCCCAGCUCUUCGGAACAGCUAUAGACACGGUAAAUGAUGCCUCAUGGAACAAUAUCUUUAGAGUAAAAUGCAUGGCUGGUCCUUCAACUUGUUCGGCUGUAUCACUUAGACCCCGUACUCGCAAAAAAUGCAUAUCUAGCUCCCUAAACUUGGGCUCAGGUGUCACUUAAGUCCCUGUACUCUCAAAAUGCAAAUUUUACUCAUUAAACUUGGCUUCGGAUGCCAUAUAUAUACCUAAACUCUUGAAAUGCA